AUGCAAGAAAGUUUCAUGAUCAAAAGCUCUUUAAUUGAGACAGGUGGGGGUGUAUUAGUAGAUCUUGUGGUGCCUGAAAAUGGAAGAGAUUCUAAGGUACUUGAAGCUAAGCCACUUCCUAAUGUGAAACUAACAAAGGUUGAUUUUGAAUGGGUGCAUGUGAUUGGUGAAGGUUGGGCUAGUCCUUUGAAAGGGUUCAUGAGGGAAAAUGAGUAUCUUCAAAGUUUGCAUUUUAAUUCAUUUAGGUUGAAUGAUGGUUCUUUUGUUAAUAUGUCACUUCCUAUUGUAUUGUCUAUUGAUGAUGAGACUAAAUGGAGAAUUGGAUCUUCUUAUAAUGUUGGGUUGGUUGGGCCUGAUGGAGAUUGUGUUGCAAUUCUUAGAAGCAUUGGAAUCUACAAGCAUAACAAAGAAGAAAGAAUUGCUAGAACAUGGGGAACAACUGCUCCAGGAUUGCCUUAUGUCAAAGAAGUCAUUGCUUCGUCUGGAAAUUUUCUUAUCGGAGGAGAUUUGGAAGUUUUUAAACCUAUCAAAUACAAUGAUGGUCUUGAUAACUACAGGCUCUCUCCCAAAAAGCUUCACGGAGAAUUCGAUAGGCGUAAAGUUGAUGCAGUUUUUGCUUUUCAGUUGAGAAAUCUUGUCCAUAACAGCCAUGCCUUGUUAAUGAACGAUACUCGUCAACACCUAUUAGACAUGGGUUACAAAAAUCUGAUUUUAUUGAUUCAUCCUCUUGGAGGUUUCACAAAGGCCGGCGAUGUUCCCUUGGAUUUUAGGAUGGAGCAACAUAGCAAGGUGCUAGAAGAUGGAGUUCUUGAUCCUGAGACGACCAUAGUUGUUAUAUUUCCGUCACCUAUGCAUUAUGCAAGGCCAACUGAAGUGCAAUGGCACACAAAGGUGUGGAUAAAUGUUGGCGCCAACUUCUAUAUUGUCGGCCGUGAUCCCGCUGGUAUGAGUCGCCCAACUGAGAAAAGGGAUUUGUACGACCCGGAUCACGGGAAAAAGGUGCUUAGCAUGGCUCCCGGUCUUUAG